AUGAAACGACAACAGAAUGAGCCAAUCGCCAUUAUUGGUAGCGGCUGUCGCUUUCCAGGCAACGCAAGCAGCCCUUCCAAGCUUUGGGAUCUCUUGCGAGAGCCCAAGGACUGUCUGAGUGAAAUCCCCCGGGAUCGAUUCAACUGGGAGGGCUAUCACUCUGGGGAUGGCCCGCGUCAUGGUAGUAGCACAACCAAGUAUACCCACUUCCUGAAGGAGGACAUUCGCAAGUUUGAUCCACACUUUUUCAAUAUCCAGCCGGGCGAGGCCGACGCGAUCGAUCCGCAACAGCGGCUGUUGCUGGAAACCGUUUAUGAGGGCCUGGAGUCAGCUGGCCUGACAAUCGAGGGACUCCAGGGCUCAUCCACAGCAGUCUAUGUAGGCAUGAUGGGUUGUGACUAUGCUGAUGUGAUACAGAAAGAUGUAGACUGCACUCCUACGUAUGCCGGUACAGGAACAGCGCGGAGUAUUCAUUCCAAUCGAAUCUCGUAUUUCUUUGACUGGCAUGGCCCAUCCAUGACGAUUGACACCGCUUGUUCUUCCAGUAUGAUGGCCAUCCAUCUCGCCAUCCAAUCCUUACGCAAUGGCGAUUCACAGGUUGCCGUUGCCUGUGGAACAAACAACUAUGUUGUGUUGAGUAAUCUGAACAUGAUUGCUGCCGACGGAAGGGCAAAAAUGUGGGAUGUCGAUGCAAAUGGAUAUGCACGGGGCGAAGGAGUCGGCGCCGUGAUUUUGAAAACAUUGAGUGCCGCAGAAGCUGAUGGCGAUUACAUUGAAUGCGUGAUUCGCGAGACCAGCGUGAACCAGGAUGGGCGCACCCGCGGUAUCACGAUGCCCAGUAGCACAGCACAGGCAGAGUUGAUUCGACAGACAUAUGAACGCGCCGGACUCGACCUCUCUAAGCGGGAAGAUCGGCCUCAGUAUUUCGAGGCCCAUGGUACCGGAACUAUGGUGGGCGAUCCCAGGGAGGCCGAAGCGGUUCAUAACGCCUUCUUCACGAAUGGUGACCUCUUGGGCCCUGAAGAUACCAUUUAUAUUGGCUCGAUUAAGACUGUCAUCGGCCACACCGAGGGUGCCGCCGGGCUAGCAGGCGUUCUCAAGGCCUCACUUGUCCUGCAGAAUGGGCUUAUCCCCCCCAAUCUGCUGUUUAAUCGCCUCAGCCCAGCAGUGGCGCCGUUUGCGAAACAUCUCCAGCUACCCACAGCCCUGACCCCCUGGCCGGCCCUACCAGAUGCUCUCCCGCGGCGAGCCAGUGUAAAUAGCUUUGGCUUCGGUGGCAGUAAUGGACACGCAAUUCUUGAGAGUUAUCAGGGAGCACGGCGCAGGAACGACGACAGUCAAAGUCCUCCACCGGUGACAACUCCAUUUGUAUUUUCAGCGCAGUCCGAACGAACCCUGAUAUCGACACUCGAGCGCUUCUCGGAGUAUUUGAAAGCAAAUAAGACCGUCUGCUUGAGAGAUGUCUCUUGGAGUUUGCAGUACAGACGGUCCACACUACCAGUUCGAACCGUUAUCACAGCCCUGACAGUUGAUGAUCUGCUGUCCAAACUGACCGAAAAACUGAGCGCCACACAAGACCAAGGUAAAGUCCAGGCUGGUGUUAAGUCCCUGGCGAAGCAUAAUGCCCAGAUCUUGGGUGUAUUUACAGGGCAGGGAGCUCAGUGGGCUGGAAUGGGCCGAGAGAUCCUGCGCAUAUCAUCAGUAGCCCGGGAAAUCGUGCGCAAACUGGAUGACUCUUUGUCUCAACUCGCUGCUUCUGACAGGCCGCCUUGGACAAUCGAGGAAGAAUUAUCCAAGGAUACGGAUACCAGCCGGAUUGGCGAAGCUUCCAUCUCGCAGCCUUUGUGCACUGCCGUGCAGAUAUUGCUCGUUGAUAUGCUCGAAGCAGCCGGAGUGAGAUUCCAUGCCGUCGUUGGGCAUUCCUCUGGUGAAAUUGCAGCGGCCUAUGCAGCCAAGCUUCUCACGGCGUCGGAUGCAAUUCGCAUUGCCUAUUACCGUGGUGUUUGUGCCAAGUUAGCAAGAGGUGCAGAUGGGCAGUUGGGAAGUAUGAUGGCUGUGGGAACGUCCAUGGACGAUGCCCGAGAGCUCUGCGCCGUACCCGAUUUUGAAGGCCGGCUAUCCAUCGCCGCGUGCAAUUCAUCCACCAGUAUCACAUUAUCUGGGGACAAGGAAGCCAUUGAUGGAGCAAAGCUUGUCUUUGAUGAGGAGAAGAAAUUUGCCAGAGUCCUUAAGGUAGACACGGCCUAUCAUUCGCACCACAUGCAGCCCUGUGCCGAACCCUACCUCGCAGCACUGCAAGCAUGUAAUAUCCAGCCCCUGACGCCUGGCGCCACAGCACCAAUAUGGCUAUCGAGUGUCUAUGGCGGCAAGCGUAUGACUAACUCGCCAGACCUCUCAGCGGCGUAUUGGGUGUCGAAUAUGACUCAGGCUGUGCUCUUUUCGAGCGCUGUCGAGAGCGCCCUGGCCAUGCAGGAGUCACUCGAUCUGGCUUUGGAAAUCGGCCCACAUCCGGCGCUGCAAGCCCCUGCAAUGCAGACCAUCCAGGAUACAUAUGGUAACGAGAUUCCUUAUACCGGCGUGUUGAGUCGCGGUAAACACGAUCUCGAGGUCUUUUCCGGAGCGUUGGGAUUUGUUUGGACUCACUGCGAGCGCAACACCGUCCAGUUUGCACCUUACAACCAGCAUUUCUUCCCUUGCGAGGCGCAGCCAGUAUUUGUGAAAGACUUGCCUACUUACCCCUGGGAUCAUGAAAGAUCCUACUGGUUCGAGUCCCGUACCGAGAAAGCACAGCGUUACCGCUCAGGCCCUGUUCACCCUCUGCUCGGGGUCCCAUAUGGCGAUACGACGGAGUCAGAGAUCAAGUGGCGCAACUUCCUCACCCCCAAGGAACUUCCUUGGUUGUUGCAUCAUCAGCUUCAGGGCCAAGCUGUCUUUCCUGCUGCUGCGUCGGCCGCCAUGGCAUGGGAAGCGGCCUUGUUGCAGGUGGGCGAGCAGCCCGUACGGCUGAUUGAAGUCACAGAUCUCGUGAUUCAUCGGUCUAUCUCGUUUCAGAGUGAGACCACCAGCGUGGAGGUUGUCUUGACGCUUUUAAACAUGCAUCGUCGUGGUGCCAGCCCGGGAGAAAGAUUCACGGCAGAUUGGUCUCUUCACUCGCCCCUGGCCCCAGAGUCCGAGAAAUUGGCCCCGGUGGCUAGUGGAUCAAUCUCCUUACUCCUCGGGGCUCCCACCAUCAGCAUGCUUCCAGUUCGGGGCGCAUAUCCCCCUAAUAUGGUGCGGAUAGACGCUGAUGAAUUUUAUGCCGCCUUAUCGGAGCUUGGGUAUGGAUAUACAGGCCCAUUUCAGUCCAUAACCCACCUGGAGAGAAAAUUAAACUACUCCUCGGGUACAUUUGAAGCCCCAACAUGCGACCUGUUAGUCCACCCGGCAAUGCUUGACAUGGCGUUCCAGGCCUUAUUUGCCGCCGUGAGCUAUCCCGGAGAUGGCGGGCUCUGGAGUCUUCAUGUGCCAACCUCUAUCCGAGGCAUACGGAUCAAUCCAUAUCACUGCCCUAGGCCGGACGACCUCGGGGUUGACCUGUCCUUUGAUGCUAUUCUAGCAGAGUCCUCAUCGAAAGGAACCGCAGGAGACGUCGUUAUCUUCUCCGCUGACGGACGUCAAGGGCUGCUGCAAGUUGAGGGAGUCUCGUCAGUCCCUUUUACCAGGGCCACUCGCGCCGAUGACCGUAACAUAUUUUCCGAGGAAGUCUGGAAUCUUGCCGAGCCUCAUGGUCCAACAGCGGUAUUAGGUCACCGUGCGACGCCAGAAGAACUUGAACAUGCCUAUGCCUGCGAACGCGUGGCCCACUUCUAUCUGAAAAGACUGCGCGAGGAGAUCACCCCUGCAGAAGAGAGUGCCGCUGCCCCCCAUCAUCAGCGCCUUAUGGCCUUUGCUAAAAGCCUGGUCUCCGGCGUGGCUAGUGGAAAUUGUACGUACGCAAAGGCAGAAUGGGCAAACGACACAGAGCACGAUAUUAUUCCCACUUUGGAACGAUACCCAGAUUCUAUCGACCUCAAAAUUAUGCGGUCCGUUGGAGAGGCCUACCCUUCGGUUGUGAGGGGACAGUCUAACCCGCUGGAGCAUCUCACGAAGGAUAACAUGUUAGAUGAUUUCUACACUGAGGGUCUCGGUUUCCAACUGGCGAAUACGUGGGCCGGUCGUUUGAUCAAGCAAAUUUCGCACCGGUACCCGCAUAUGAACAUAAUUGAGAUCGGAGCUGGAACCGGCGGAGCAACAAAAACGGUGCUUGAGCACCUGGGCCAGUCAUUCCGAUCGUAUACCUAUACCGAUGUGUCAACUGCAUUCUUCGAAAAGGCACAGGAACGAUUCAAGGAUCAUGCUCACAAGAUGGUUUUCAAGCCAUUUGACAUGGAGAAAGAGCCCGGGAAUCAAAGUCUCGAAGCGCAUUCCUUCGACCUUGUGGUUGCAUCGAAUGUGCUUCAUGCUACCAAGGAUAUCAGUCAGGCGCUACAUCACGUCCGCGCACUAUUACGGCCGGGAGGCUAUCUAGUACUCCUAGAAAUCACCGACCAGAGGCCAAGCCGUAUGGGCUUCAUUAUGGGCGGUUUACCGGGCUGGUGGCAGGGCGAAGGGCGUCGCCAAUGGACACCAACCCUGCCACCGGCCCAAUGGAACUCCCUGCUACAGAAAACCGGAUAUUCUGGAAUCGAUACGAUUGCCCUGUGUCCAGAUAGCCUGCCUUAUCCGUUCUCUGUUUCUGUGGCACAAGCUGUGGACGAUGGCAUUGCAUUCCUGCGGCAGCCGUUGUUCUCCGCAGGGACGGACAAAGACCUUGGGGAUCUGCUCAUUAUUGGCGGCAGCACCUUGGAGUCCUCGAAGUUGGCCACCGGCGUUAUGCCGGUGCUGCGGCCACGAUUUGGCACCAUCGCAGUCUUCGAGAGCUUAGAGGAUCUGCAACAUGAUUCGUACGUUGAGAUCCCGAGCACAGUCCUCGUCCUCGUCGACAUAGACGAGCCGAUAUUCCAGGACAUGACGGCUCUGAAGCUCCAGGCUUUGAAAACCCUUUUCCAAAAUGCGCGAAAUGUGGUGUGGGUAACGAAAGGGUGCAAGAGGGCAGAGCCGUACGCCAAUAUGACCGUGGGCCUUGGACGAUCCUUGAGUUGUGAGAUGCAUGAAUUGCGACUGCAGUUCCUGGACAUCGAGGAGGACUGGGACCUUGACGUCGGCUAUCUCAGUGAGAUGCUCUUGCGACUGCGCGUUACCGAUCUCUGGGAGAGCUCUGGACCGCUCUCUCACGAGAUUCUGUGGACUACGGAGCCUGAAUUCCGUGCCGCCAACUCGAAGAUUCUUAUACCUCGUAUGUACGAACACUCUGCGCAAAACGACCGCUACAAUUCCCAGCGGCGGCAGAUCUCGCACGAACAGGAGCGAGAGGCAGGCAGAAUUUCCAUCUCCCAUUCUGGGGCUCCGAAGACAUUCAAACUUGUAGAAGAUCGCCUUUCCGCGCAGAGCACUCGUGCCGGAAUGGUUUCGAUCCGGGUUCUGUACUCGGUCCUAUCUGCCAUGCAAGUCGCAGACGGGGCAUUCCUUUUCUUGUCAAUCGGACGGACAGUAGCCGGAGGAGACACUGUUUUGGCUGUGUCCGACUCCAACUCAUCCACCAUUGACGUUCCCAAGGAACAUAUGGUGCGCAUCAACGUGCCGAAGGGCGAUGAGAAGCGCUACCUUCUUCUCGCCGCGUGGGAGCUGAUAAUACACCAAGCCCUUUCCAAGGCUACCACUAGGGCUGCUACAAUCUUGACUCGCGAUGUCGAGAAAGGUCCGUUGCAACUGCUCCAGCAUCGCGCAACUCGGCUUGGUAUCCGCGCUCAGACUAUCACCAGCGAUCCGAACAUUGAGGAUUCGGGAUCGAUCUUCAUUCACCCAUUCGAAUUCCACAAUACGGUAAAGGGCAAACUCACUUCGGGUGUCGUCGCAUUGCUCGAUCUCUCCCAAGACCCUCUUGAGGACAGUGUGCAUAGACUAUUAGUGGGCAGCCUCCCUUCAUUCUGCACAGUCUUGACCACCACGACGCUUCUCUCCCCUGAUGCCUCCAACCGUCAGUUCACUGGUGAUUUCAGCAAUCUGAUGAUCCAAGAUGUUCUAGCAAAGGCUUCUGCAGAGAUGCAAGAUUCAUCCUCCACAGAGGAUCAGCUCGGGAGCAUCAGCAUCUGCUCCCUGAAGGAGCUAACUCAGGGUGCUAAAUUGGAACCACUCCAACUGAUCGACUGGCUCGCAGACACCCAUGUUCCCGUAGAAAUUGAGCCAGUGGGCAGCAAGGUUUCCUUCUCCCCGGAGAAGACCUACUGGCUCAUUGGGCUCACUGCCGACUUGGGCCAAUCGCUGUGCGAGUGGUUGGUCGCCCACGGAGCAAGACACCUGGUGCUCAGCAGCCGUAAUCCCCGCGUUGAUCAAGGCUGGUUAGACACGCUGAGCAGUGCAGGCGCGAACAUCAAGGUCUGUUCAAUGGACGUCACAGAUAAAUUGUCUGUAUACAAGACCCACGAAGAUAUCUUACAGACCAUGCCCCCCAUCGCGGGUGUCGCAAACGCCGCCAUGGUGCUACAAGACAUCAUGUUUUCCAACAUGAAGCUUGACGAUCUACUGCCCGUGCUGCGGCCGAAAGUCGACGGCAGCCAGUACCUCAAUGACCUGUUUGCAGACCAACAGCUGGACUUUUUCAUUCUCUUUUCGUCUCUGGGGUUAAUUGUCGGAAACAGUGGCCAGAGCAGCUACACCGCCGCGAAUGCCUUCAUGGCAUCCCUGGUUGCUCAGAGGCGCCAGCGCGGACUUUCUGCAGCCGUCAUGGAUAUUGGUGCCAUUAUCGGUGCCGGAUAUAUCACUCGCGCGGGACAGAUCAAGGCCGCCGACCUGGCAGCCUACGGAGCCUACCCACUCUCCACGUCGGAUUUCCACCAAAUGUUCGGAGAAGCCGUGUUGGCUAGUCAUCCAGAGUCCGGACACAACCCUGAGAUUGUCACAGGGCUGCGCAUGAUUGACCCCGUAGUAGACGACCGGGUGUCCUGGCGCGCAAACCCUAAGUUCUCGCACUUCUGGCGCACGGAGGAUGAGUUCAAGACCGACUCGGGAACCAAACACUCCAUGGCCCCGGUCAAGGUCCAGCUGAUGGAUGCCACAACUAGAGCUCAAGCCCGAGAAAUCAUUCAAGAAUGCUUUUCGGCACGUUUGAUGGUUCUCCUGCAGUUACAUGAAGAAGACAUGGACGAUAACGCCGCCCUUGUUGAGCUUGGUGUCGACUCCCUGGUAGCAGUGGAGGCUCGGGCAUGGUUCACUAAACAGCUUGGUGUCGACAUUCCCGUCCUGCGCAUGUUAGGCGGCGCCUCUGUGGUUGAUCUGGUCGAUGAUGCUUUGGCAAACAUAGGGCGCGGGUUGAUACCCCAGGUCAACUUGGAUCACCACGAUGAACCUGCUGCAAAGGCGAAUAAUUCUAGCUUUCUUCCGCAGGAAACGGAGCUAAUAUCGGAUCCCGCUUCAAGCGUUGCAUCUAUUGACACGCCAUCAAGUGACAGCGAGCAGCAAGGGAGCUCCCCCACAGCCAGCUCCUUGCUGGAUGAUUUCCAGGACGGGUUCAAACCAGUGAUCGUAAAAACCGAACCCAUGUCCUAUGCUCAGUCCCGUUUCUGGUUCUUGCGGCGGUCCGUGGAAGAUCCCACGGCGUUCAACAUUACCUUUUCUCACAGCCUUAAAGGGGACGCGCACCCAGCAGAACUGGCAAAGGCCGUCCAAGCAGCGGCCCGUCUGCAUCAGGGGCUCAGAACCUGCUUCUUCGAAAAGGACAACCAGCCGGUUCAAGGUAUUUUGGAGACCUCGCCGCUAUAUCUGGAACGCCGGCCAAUCAGUUCCGAGGACGAGGUGAAGGCGGAAUACCACCAGCUGCACCAGCACGAGUAUGACCUCGAAUCAGGGAGGACAAUGCGGAUUGUCCUGCUGGAAAUGGGCCCUCGAUUGAGCUACUUGAUUGUCGGGUACCACCACAUUGCUAUGGACGGGGCCGGUUUCACCGGGUUCCUACAGGAACUGAUGCGUAUUGGAGGCGGAGAACAGGUCCCCGAGCCUAUCCAAUACGCCGACUAUUCACGCGAGCUCCGCGAAGCCGUGGAGGCGGGGAAGAUGGCCCGCGAGAUGGCUUACUGGCGGAAGCAGUUGGCCGAUAUUCCACCCGUGCUUCCUUUGCUGCCCUUGUCCAAGGUACGGGUCCGCGCACCGCUGAGGACGUACGCGCUCUCGUCUACCAGCGUCAGAGUCGACCCCGUGUUGGUGGCGCGCAUCAAGCGCCGAAGUCGCAAUUUCCAGGCCACGGCCUUCCACUUCUACCUCACGGUCUUCCAGACUCUGCUAUUCCGGUUCCUGGACAUCGAGGACCUGUGCAUCGGAAUUGCCGAUUCCAACCGGAGCGAUGCCGACCUGCAACGCACGAUGGGGAUCCUCGUCAAUCUCCUGCCGCUGAGAUUCAAGUCCCACCUAUCCCAAACAUUCAGUGAAGCCGUCAAGGAUGCCCGCCGCACCGCGUAUGCCGGGCUCGACCAUUCCAAACUGCCAUUCAAUGUGCUCCUGGACCAGCUGCCCGUGGAGAGAUCGGCCACGCAGUUCCCGAUUUUCCAGGUCUUCAUGGACUAUCGACCGGGCAUCCAGGAGCGCUUAACGCUGGGGAACGUCGAAGUGCAAAGACUAGACUGGUCAUACGGGAAGAACGCGUACGAUAUCAACCUGGAUAUCAUGGAGAAUACGGAAGGGAGUGCCUUCAUCACGAUGAGCACGCAGGACUACCUGUACGGACAGACCGAGGUGGAAACCCUGAUGAAGGUCUAUCUUACUCUGCUUGAGUCUUUUUCGCGAAACCCAGCUUUACACUUAAACGAGCCCCCUCUCUUCAACGAAUCCGAAAUCCAAACUGCUAUUGAUAUUGGACGAGGACCUUCUUUGCCGUCGGAUUGGGCCCCAACGCUGUCGCAGCGCGUGGAGGAAAUUGCCCAAACGCAUGGCAGCACUGUCGCCGUCAAGGAUGGCGAGGGAAACCAAAUCACAUACCAGGAUAUGAUGACCGAGGCUCACAGGAUCGCGGGCGCUUUACUAGAUGCCGGGGGCAUCGUCGCCGGGGACCGCGUGGCGGUUUUCCAGCAUCCGACUGCGACGACGACCAUCAGCUCGCUGCUGGCGAUCCUGCGAGUCGGCGCCGUGUAUGUCCCACUAGACCUCCGGAGCCCCAUGCCACGGUUGGCGGCGAUCAUACAAGACUGCCAGCCCAAGGUGAUCCUCUCGCAUGCCACAACGGCAAAAUACGCAUCGGCCCUAGCUUCCUCGCCGCAGGUGAAGCUGAUCAAUGUCUCGACGAUUGAGGGCGGCGAAAGCCCGCGCGUCGUCCCGAACCAGGCCGCCCCCGACGGCAACGCCGUGAUCUUGUAUACGAGUGGCUCGACGGGGGUUCCCAAGGGGGUUAUCCUGCGGCAUGCGAACAUCCGCAACGUGGUCGAGAUGACGACGAAACGGUUCAGUCUCGGCGCCGAGACGGUCCUGCAGCAGAGUGCAUUGACGUUUGACCUGUCGAUCAAUCAGAUCUUUGUGGCGCUGGCCAACGGCGGCACGCUGUAUAUCGUGCCGCAAUCGAAACGCGGGGAUGCGGUUGAAAUCACGAAGAUGAUCGAGGCGGAGCACAUCACAUACACCCUGGCCACGCCGUCUGAAUAUUCCUACUGGUUUCAUUUCGGGGUUGAUAGCCUCACAGCCGCCACCCGCUGGAAGUUCGCGUUCAGCCUCGGCGAGGAAUUGAAGCCGCGCUUGGUGGAAGAGUUCCAGGCGCUCCAACGACCGGAUGUGCGUCUGAUAAACACCUACGGCCCGGCUGAAAUCACUGUCCAAUCGCACGCGGCCGAGAUCGCGUACGGAGGCACUGCGGAAGACGUGAUCCCGGCUGGGUGGUCUCUCCCGAACUACUCGGUCUACAUUGUCGACAGGGAUAUAAAGCCGCUGCCGGUGAAUAUCCCUGGGGAGAUCUGCAUUGGAGGCGCCGGCGUUGCAGCAGGAUACCUGAAUCUAGAAGACCAGACACAGGAACAAUUCCUGCCCGAUGCCUUUGCACCGGCUGACUGGGUUGCAAAGGGCUGGAACCGCAUGUAUCGCACGGGCGACCGCGGCCGACUGCGCGCGGACGGAGCGCUUCUGUUUGACGGCCGCAUGGACAGCAGCACGCAAGUAAAGCUGCGCGGGCUGCGGAUUGACCUGGGCGAAAUCGAGCAUGCUAUCUUGCAAACAGCAUCUCCAGCCCUCGACGAAGCAGUGGUCUCAGUGCGUGGAGGGGGAGGCAACAACCAGCAGGCUGCUGAAUUCCUCGUCGCCCAUGUCGUGUUCUCGCGUGGAUUCCAUGGCGACAAUAACCACGAAACCCGGCAGACCUACCUGCAACGUAUCCUCGGCCAGCUCCCGCUCCCUCAGUACAUGGUGCCCGCGAUGAUGAUCCCGCUGGACCGCAUGCCGCUCACGCGCCACCACAAGACCGACCGCCAGGCCAUUGCAGCUAUCCCGCUCCCAAAGGACAGCGCCACAGCAGCGGCCGGCACAGAGAGCGCGCAGGACCUCACGCCACUUGAAACAGAGCUGGUUCGUAUCUGGGAGGUCGUCCUGUCAAGGGACCUGCUUCAAUGCGGAUCAAUCAGUCCUAGCUUUAGCUUCUUCCAACUCGGCGGCAACUCGCUGCUGUUGAUCCCGCUGCAGUACCUCAUCAAAGACACGUUCCACGUCUCCCUACCCAUGAUCGACUUUGCCCAGGCGCAUACCGUGCGCAAAAUGGCGCGCCAGAUCGAACAAACCGCCACCGCGCAGCCGCUCGACUGGGCGGCCGAGACCGCUGUCCCCGAGGACCUGCCCCUGCCCAGCAUCCCCGCCGCUCUCCUUUCCCAGGCCCGCCGCCAGGGCACGGAUCUCAGGAUCCUGUAUACGGGGGCCACGGGCCACUCGGGCAAAUACAUCCUGGAGAAGCUGGUGGCGGACGAGCGCAUUUCCAAGAUCUAUCUCGUGGCGGUGCGGGCGACGACGGAGAACAACAACAACAACAACAACAACAACAGCAACGGCAACAGCGAUGGAUCGUGGCGUCCGCGCCAGCUGGCCGUGGUGUCUGACAAGAUCGUCCAGUUCCCGGGCAAUCUCCUCGACGAGCGACUCGGGCUGUCCGCGGCGCAGUUCAACUUCCUCGCCGGCGAGGUCGACGUGAUCCUGCACAGCGCGGCCAAUCGCUCUCUCUGGGACCACUACCAGGUGCUGCGCCAGCCCAGCGUGCUUGCCACGCAGGUGCUGGUCGGGCUCGCGGCACCGCGCCAGAUCCCGAUCCACUUCAUGUCCUCGGCGGCGAUCCACCUGUUCAACCGCGACGCGGCCGACGAUGAAUACCCGGAGACGAUCGCGGUGGCCCCGCCGCCGGUCGACGGCACCGAGGGCUACCUGGCCUCGAAAUGGGCGGUGGAAAAGCUGCUGGAGAAGGCGGCGGCCCGGUUUGGAAUCCCCAUGUACUUCCACCGUCCGGCGCCUGUGGGCGCGGUGCAGCGCGUGGCCACGGAGACCGUGUUUGCCGAGUUCCUGCGCGUUGUGCGCGCGCUGCGGCUGCAUGUCACCCGCGACAGUAUCCGCGGGUACAUUGAUCUGAUUGUGCUGGGGGAUCUGGCUGCCGUGUUGCGCGACCAGCUUAUUGACAGUGCGAGCACCAGCAGCAGCAGCAGCAGCAGCCCCCCCGUCCACUAUAUCCAUCACCGCUCCGAUGUGCGCGUGCACAUGGGCCAGUGGAAGGCAUACAUGGACCAGCACAACACCGACCUCACGCUGGACAUGGUAGAGACAGAACAUGCCGUGGAAUGGGUGGGCCGCGCAAAGAAAAUCGGGUUCCCUUAUAUGCUGGCGGCGCAGAAUUUUGACAUGGCAGGGGUGAUGAGUACGCUGCCAAUUGUACAGAGACGGUAGACUUUUUUACUUUUUUAACUUGGGAGUAGUCAGUAUUAAGAGUUGAAUUGGAAAUAGCAG